AGGCAAGGCUGGCGAGCGCACGUCUCCCCCCUCCAUACGUGACCGUGGGAGCGAGCGGCGGCGGGGACGAGCACGGCCAGAUCUCUGGGGAAAGCGGCGGCCCGGGCGCUGCCUCGACCCGCUCCUCCCGGCCGCUGCCUCGACCCGCUCCUCCCGGCCGCGGGCACAAGCACAGCCUGAUUUCCCUCCCCCACCCCUCCCUUAGAGGAGACGAGCAGCAGAGGCGGGGACGAGCAAGGCCAGAUCUCUCUCUCCCGCCCCACCACGGGAGCAAGCAGCAGCGGACGCGGAGACGAGCACCAGUGGACGGGGACGCGGAGACGAGCAGAGACACCCCCGGGAGCGAGCAGCAGCGGGGACGAGCACGAGCACAGACCCCCGGGAGCGAGCACCGGUGGACACGGGGACGAGUACAGACCCCCGGGAGCGAGCAGCAGCGGACGCGGGGACGAGCACGAGCACCGGUGGACGCGGAGACGAGCACAGCCCCCUCUCCCUGGGGCGCUCCCUCGCUGCCCCCGGUCGGGGUCGGGAUCGGGAUGGAGGAGGAGGAGGAGGAGUCGCGGAGGGAGCGCCUCCAUUUCCGUGUGUGCCGCUUCAUCCUGGAGUCGGGGGUGAAGCUGGGCCUGGGCUCGUUGCCGCUGGCCUCGGCCUGCACCAUCUACCACCGCUUCGUUGCCCGCACGGCGCCGGGCGCCUACGACCCUUACCUGGUGGCCACGGCCGCCAUCUUCCUGGCCGGCAAAGUGGAGGAGCAGCACCUGCGGGCCCGCGAUAUCCUCAACGUCUGCCACCGCUACCUCUACCCCCGCCUGCCGCCGCUACAGGUAGACAACACCUUCUGGGACUUACGGGAGAGUCUGGUGCAGUGCGAGCUCCUGAUGUUGAGGGUUCUCAACUUCCAGGUGUCCUUCCAGCACCCCCACAAGUACCUGCUCCACUACCUGCUGGCGCUCAGGGGGUGGCUCAACCGCCAUGUUUGGGAGCGGACGCCCCUCGGCCCCACGGCCUGGGCGCUGCUCAGGGACAGUUAUCACGGGGCCCUGUGCCUCCGCCACCGGCCCCAGCAUCUGGCCGCCGCCGCACUACACCUCGCCCUGCUCUGCUACGGCCUGGAGGUGCCCGGACAGGGCAGCAGCGGUCGCGACUGGUGGCAGGUGCUGUGUGAGGGGUGUACGUGGGACAUCCUGCAGGAGAUCGGCCGCGAAAUGGUGGCCGUAGGAAGAGAGGGGAUAGGGGUGAGGAGAGAGAGAGAUAGGCCACUGUAUCCUGCCUGUAGUAUAGCAACGAGAGAUGCACACAAUAUUCCAAGAGCAGUUAACAAGUGUUUUUUAAAGCUACAACAAUGAACAUAGAACGGUAAAGCACAGGAAAAGGCCUUUGGCGCACAAUGUGCCGAGCAUGAUGUCAAGACAAACUCUUUUCUGCUUGCGCAGGUGCCAUAUCCCUCCAUUCCCUUCAAAUUCCUGUGCCUAUCUAAAAGCCUCUUAAACGUCACUAUCAUAUCUGCCUCCACCACCAUCCCCAGCAGCACAUUCCAGGCCUUGCUCAUCUCCUUUCAACUUUGCUCCUCUCAUCUUUAAGCUAAGUCCUCUAGUAUUUGAUUUUUCCAUAAAGGGAUAAAAGUUUGAUCUGUCUACUCCAUCUAUAAUCUCAUAAUUUUUCUUUCAGGUCUCCCUCAAUCUCCAGCGUUCCAGAAAAAAACAAUUCCAGUCUGUCCACCUUUUCCUUAUAGCUAAUACCUUUAAUCGAGGCAUCAUUCUGGCAACCUUCCUCUGCACCCUUUCCAAAACCUCCCCAUCUAUCCUGUAUUGGGGCAACUUGAACUGCAUGCUUUACUCUAAAUGCGUCCUAACUAAAUUCUUAUUAAGCUGCCACAUAACAUCCUAAUACAGGUCCACCGCCAAUUUUUCAGCACUCUUGGUUCCAGAGGCUUGCCGGACUAUGUUUUGCUGGACCAACAGAGGUCACGGCCUCGGAGGAGUCAGAACGGGUUGCAUGGGCCGCAGGGGGGCCGAGAUACCGGCCUACAAAGUUGGCCUCUGAGGUCGGCUGUGGGAAUGGAUCUGCCGACUGGCUGGGCCGAAGUUCCAGACCCCCGGCCGCCGGGGGCAAAUUCGAUCCGCCGAUCGCCCACGGAAGUCAUGAUUCGGUCAAGAUCAGCCACCUCACCCUGCCUAGGCGCCAUAUUUUCAGGGCAGUUUUCCGAGGGGGAUUUCAAGUGUGCUCUCCUAAUUUUGUCCAGAUUAAAGGAGGUGCUGGAAAAUCGGUGGUGGACCUGUACUAUAAUAGCAUUUAAAAGACGCUUGGAUACAUGGGUAGGAAAGAUCUACAGGGAGGGAUAUGGGCCAAGCACGGGCAAAUGGAACCAACUUGGAUGGCGCGUCUUGCUCAAUGUGAACGAUUUUGGCUGAAAACUCUGUUUCUGUGCAGUUUGACUCUGACUUUAUAUUGGUAUUGUGAAUAUUAAAAAAAUGAAAAUUUCCAAAGAAUUGUUGAGCAACCAUUUCAACCUUAAAUGGAGUGAAUUAUUGUUCAUGUAAUCUUGGUUUUACUUGUUAUGUACAUAAAUAUUUCAACAUCACUCAUUGGAAUUAACUGAAAUGAUGUGUAACUAAAUUAAUAUGUGCAGUUGUACCUACAAUAUAUGGAUUAAUGAUUAUUGUUAUUAAUCUAGCUUUCUUUCACUAAUAAACUGAACUACU